CCCCCGGGUGCCCGCUGAGCUCCGAGGGCCGGAGGGGGCUGGGCGGGACUGCGGGGGAGACCCCGGGGCAGGUGCCUGCCCCAACGGUAACCCAGCUCCUGCUUCCCUGCUCCGCCCUCUUUGGCCCGGACCCAAUCUCCAGGGGCUAAAAAUAUUGCCCGGAGGCUCCUGAGCGGAAUCAGUUCGCGCUAAGUAGGACGCUGGGUGAGGUGACAGAGCUCUUCAGCACCAGGGCCCGAAGAGCAGACUCCAGGACGCGGUCCCGCCCACGCGCGUUCAGCAGUUAGCGUCCUCCCUCCGUCACAGGUGCGUGUGGGGGUCAGCAUGAAGUUGAAAAAGCAGGUGACAGUGUGCGGGGCUGCUAUCUUCUGUGUAGCAGUCUUCUCCCUCUACCUGAUGCUGGACCGGGUGCAGCACGAUCCUGCCAGACACCAGAAUGGUGGGAACUUCCCCAGGAGCCAAAUUUCUGUGCUGCAGAACCGGAUCGAACAGCUGGAACAACUGUUGGAGGAAAACCAUGAGAUCAUCAGCCAUAUCAAGGACUCUGUGCUGGAACUGACAGCCAAUGCAGAGAGCCCACCAGCCCUGAUGCCCUACCACACAGCCAACGGCUCCUGGGCUGUGCUCCCAGAGCCCCGGCCCAGUUUCUUCUCUGUCUCCCCCCAAGACUGCCAGUUUGCUUUGGGGGGCAGGGGUCAGAAGCCAGAACUACAGAUGUUAGCUGUGUCUGAGGACUUGCCAUUUGACAAUGUGGAGGGUGGCGUGUGGAGGCAAGGCUUUGACAUCUCCUACAGCCCGAACGACUGGGAUGCUGAAGACCUGCAGGUGUUUGUGGUACCCCACUCUCACAAUGAUCCAGGCUGGAUCAAGACUUUUGACAAGUACUACAUGGAACAAACCCAACACAUCCUCAACAGCAUGGUGUCCAAGCUGCAGGAAGACCCUCGACGACGCUUUCUCUGGGCAGAAGUCUCCUUCUUUGCCAAGUGGUGGGACAACAUCAGUGCUCAAAAAAAGGCAGCAGUUCGAAGGCUGGUGGGAAACGGGCAGCUGGAGAUUGCAACAGGUGGGUGGGUGAUGCCAGAUGAGGCCAACUCCCAUUACUUUGCCUUGAUUGACCAACUCAUCGAGGGACACCAGUGGCUGGAGAGAAACCUGGGUGCAACUCCACGCUCAGGCUGGGCAGUGGACCCCUUUGGGCACAGCUCCACCAUGCCUUACCUGCUGCGCCGUGCCAACCUGACCAGCAUGCUGAUUCAGAGGGUGCAUUAUGCUAUCAAGAAGCACUUUGCUGCCACUCACAGCCUGGAGUUCAUGUGGAGGCAGAUGUGGGAUCCAGACUUCAGCACAGACAUCUUUUGCCACAUGAUGCCCUUCUACAGCUAUGAUGUCCCACACACCUGUGGCCCUGAUCCCAAGAUCUGCUGCCAGUUUGAUUUCAAACGUCUGCCGGGUGGGCGCAUCAAUUGCCCUUGGAAGGUGCCACCUCGGGCUAUUACAGAGGCCAAUGUGGCAGACAGGGCAGCCCUGCUCCUGGACCAGUACCGGAAGAAGUCCCGGCUUUUCCGAAGCAACGUCCUCCUUGUGCCACUGGGCGAUGACUUCCGAUAUGACAAGCCUCAGGAGUGGGAUGCCCAGUUCUUCAACUACCAGCGGCUCUUUGACUUCCUCAACAGCAAGCCGGAGCUCCAUGUGCAGGCCCAGUUUGGGACCCUCUCUGAGUAUUUUGAUGCUCUCUAUAAGAGGACAGGAGUGGAGCCUGGUGCCCGGCCUCCAGGGUUUCCUGUGCUGAGUGGAGAUUUCUUCUCCUAUGCUGACCGGGAGGACCACUAUUGGACAGGCUAUUACACAUCCCGGCCUUUCUACAAGAGCUUGGACCGAGUCCUAGAAGCCCACCUGCGUGGGGCAGAGGUUCUAUACAGCUUGGCUGUGGCUCAUGCCCGCCGCUCUGGACUGGCUGGCCAGUACCCGCUGUCUGAUUUUGCUCUUCUGACGGAAGCUCGGCGCACACUGGGGCUCUUCCAGCACCAUGAUGCCAUCACUGGAACUGCCAAGGAGGCGGUGGUAGUAGACUAUGGGGUCAGGCUGCUGCGGUCCCUGGUUAGCCUGAAGCAGGUCAUCAUCAAUGCUGCUCACUAUCUGGUGCUGGGCGACAAGGAAACCUAUGAAUUUGACCCUGGUACACCCUUCUUUCAAAUGGAUGACAGUCGUUUAAGUCACGAUGCCCUGCCGGAGCGCACAGUGAUUGAGCUGGAUUCCUCACCCAGGUUUGUGGUGCUAUUUAACCCACUGGAACAGGAGCGGCUCAGUGUGGUGUCCCUGCUGGUCAACUCCCCAAGGGUGCGAGUCCUUUCAGAGGAGGGUCAGCCCCUGUCUGUGCAGAUCAGUGCACACUGGAGCUCAGCCACUAACAUGGUCCCUGAUGUCUACCAGGUGUCGGUACCUAUCCGCCUGCCAGCCCUGGGCCUGAGUACGCUGCAGCUGCAGCCGGACCUUGAUGGGCCCUACACAGUGCCGUCUUCCAUACGUGUCUACCUGAAUGGUGUGAAGCUGUCCGUCCCCAGGCAGACGGCAUUCCCUCUCCGUGUCAUGGACUCCAGCACCAGUGACUUUGCCAUCAGCAAUCACUACAUGCAGGUCUGGUUCUCCGGCCUUACUGGGCUCCUCAAGAGCAUCCGAAGGGUGGAUGAGGAGCAGGAACAGCAGAUAGACAUGAAGCUCCUCAUCUAUGGUACCCGGACAUCCAAAGAUAAGAGUGGUGCCUACCUCUUCCUGCCUGAUAGCGAGGCUAAGCCCUACGUCCCCAAGAACUCUCCUGUGCUGCGUGUCACCGAAGGCCCGUUCUUCUCAGAGGUGGCUGCCUAUUACGAGCACUUUCACCAAGUGAUUCGACUUUACAACUUGCCAGGAGUGGAGGGACUGUCUCUGGACAUGGCAAUCCUGGUAGACAUCAGGGACUAUGUGAACAAAGAGCUGGCCCUGCGCAUCCACACGGACAUUGAUAGCCAGGGUACCUUCUUCACAGACCUCAAUGGCUUUCAGGUACAGCCCCGGCGAUAUCUGAAGAAGUUGCCCCUGCAGGCUAACUUUUACCCCAUGCCAGUCAUGGCCUACAUCCAAGAUGCACAGAGGCGCCUCACACUGUACACUGCACAGGCUCUGGGUGUCUCCAGCCUCGGUGAUGGCCAGCUGGAGGUGAUCUUGGACCGACGACUAAUGCAGGAUGACAACCGGGGUCUAGGCCAAGGGCUCAAAGACAACAAGGUCACCUGCAACCGCUUCCGCCUCCUGUUAGAACGGAGAACCAUGAGCCGUGAGGUUCAAGAUGAGCGCUCUACCAGCUACCCGUCCCUCCUCAGCCACCUGACUUCCAUGUAUCUCAACAUGCCUCCACUCGCCUUGCCCGUGGCCAAGAAGCAGGUCACUAGCUCCACUCUGCGCUCUUUCCACCCUCUGACUUCCCCAUUGCCCUGUGACUUCCAUCUGCUCAAUCUGCGCACGAUCCCAGCUGAGGACACCCUGCCUUCAGCUGAUGCUGCACUCAUCUUGCACCGCAAGGGUUUUGACUGUGGCCUUGAGGCCAAGAACUUGGGCUUCAACUGUACCACAAGCCAGGGCAAGCUGGCCCUGGGAAGCCUAUUCCGUGGCCUGGAUGUGGUAUUCCUGCAGCCAACCUCUUUGACUUUGCUGUAUCCUCUGGCCUCACCCUCCAACAGCACUGACAUCUUCCUGGAGCCCAUGGAAAUUGGCACCUUCCGCCUCCGCUUGGGUUAGGUUAGGACUUCUUGUGGCCUGAAGAGAAAGUUUAUCCACAGAGACCACUCUUAACACCAAGAUCGGGUUUGACAAGCCACACUGGUAUCAUGUCCUGUUCUGCCUCUCAGAACUAUGACAGACUGCUCUGCCCUUACAUUGUCUAUUGCUGCUUCUGGGUUGUGAGUAGGUGCCCAGCUGGGCACAGGCUCAGGCUCCCAUUGUUUUCCCAAAAUGGGAUGUAGGAAGAGUGGAGGCAAACAGAAGAGGUCAAGGAGGCUGAGAGGAACAGCCCAGUGCCAGGUGACUGCAGUUACGAGCUAGCUCUAGGGGGGCCCUAUGGUGACACAGACCCCACAUGUCCUACUAUGAGUCACAGGAGCAGGGUGACUCUGGGAGAAGGGGCAUAGAGACUCAUUAUUAGUGGAAUAGAGGAGUGGAAGGGGUCCCUAGCUCUCCCAAGAGCCUAAAGGCUUUGCUGCUUUCUGCUCUGCCUCUGCUUUUAGUGCCACUGGGCUUGUAUGCCCUGGCUAGUGACUGCUGGGUGGCAGGAAGGACUGGCUUGAGACUCUAAAUCAAGGCCAGAGGCCAUAGAACACUUCAGGUACCCACACCCAUUCUAUGCUGGUCAUUGGUGAUGUGUUGAUUUGUGGCAGGGGUGAGAAGUGUCUCCCACCUUCCCUGCUUCUUUAUGUCACACACCACUCUCCUCAGGAGUUCCUAUCAUAAGGUUCCUGGCAAAGUUCCUUUCCCUAGAAAGGAAAUGGAGCUUCCAAGACUUCUGUGCUUGGGCAUCUUGGGAAACAUCCCAUGCUGGGUCCAGUGGCAGGUGGAGAAGGUUCAUCUUUGUUCCAUCUGCAGAAAUAUUGCCUUCCUGGUAUGUGGGACGAAGAAGUUGGAGACAAAAUUAGGAGUCUGUAUGCUUGGAUGAGCCUUCAUUUUACCUUCAAUUAGUAGAGAAUUUGUCUAUAAAUGAUGAAAAGAGCUGGGCAUUGGUGGCACUCGCCUUUAAUCCCAGCACUCGGGAGGCAGAGGCAGGCGGAUCUCGUUGAGUUGGAGACCAGCCUGGUCUACAAGAGCUAGUUUCAGGACAGCCUCCAAAGCCACAGAGAAACCCUAUCUUGAAAAACCAAAAAAAAAAAAAAAAAAACCAAAAAAAAAAAAGAAAAGAAAGUUGGUAAAAGUGAAACUUCGUCCCUUAUGAAAACUUAGUAAGUCAAGACUAGAAAGAAGCACCAUACUAGAUAAAGGUCCCUGUCACCAGUAAACUAUAGCACCCAAAGAACCAAACAGCACAGGCUCUCUCCUGAGAGUCAGAAACUAGCUGGGGGCAUGCUGUUAUUUAGCAGGGUCCCAGGUCACUAACCCUUGAAAUUCAGCAGAUUCAGAGACAAGGAAGAACCAUGACUGCCACUGUUUUAAACCAUAAGCUACCUAAGAAACCAGUGUCAACUGAAGACACAGCAAGGUGUUCUGUGAGUUGCCUGAAUGCUGUCCAUGCUCCUGUAAACACCAGUUCUACCCACAUUAGCCCAUAAAAUCAAUGUAAUUCCAGCAAGAGUGGAGACUUCUUGGAACCCUGCCAGUUCUGACGUUGCUUUAGAAAAGUACAGGAUGAGGGUGUGAGGCAGCUCUGAAUGGCAGUGGUAAUGUAUGGCUGGUGGCCCCAACGUGGCAAAAGGCACUUGUCUUACAGAGUCCUCAAAGGCUUGGACUCUUCUGCCAGCAUGAAUGUAGUCAUCAUGCAGUCAGAGAGACACACCCAGGCACACAGAGUGCAGGGACAGGGAGAUGGAUCGUUUAAUAAAUAGUUCUUUGUGACAACU